AUGCCGAAUACUCCCCCGACCGGCGAAUCCCAUCCCCAUCCUCCAGAACAAGGCAUGCUUCAUCACAACACGCCCGCGUGGGACCUUCUCAUUGACUGUUGUGCAGGAAAUGUUGAUAGCGGACCUCCGACCCCCGUUCGCCAGGUAUCAGACCCGCUCGCCCAUGAUGACAACGAGGCGCCCCCGGCGAAGAAGCGGAAAGUUGCAGGUGCUGACCACAAGCCCUCCCCUCGAACCAUCUCCCCGCCGUGGAAACGAGUCGUGGCGGAAGGGCCGGCAUCGUUUGUGGAAAAUGGGCGGCGGAGAUCGGGCAGGACAAACAUCAUCCCUCUCUCCCUCCAGCCGCAGUCAAGUAGGAGGCAGACACGCGCCGCUUUCGAGAAGGUCAAGGAGGAGCGUGUAAAGCAUGCGAAGCCAUUGUACAAUGCCUUGCCCAGAAAGCCCAAAGUCGAGGUCCAAACACCGCCGCCCGUCACCAAACGUGGCCCUGGCCGCCCUCCCAAGAACCGCAAUCACGAGCACUUGCGGUCUGUCAAGGUGGAAGAGGCGCAAAGGAACGGCCGAGAGCCCAGUGUCCGCUCCAAGCCUCCAAGCACACCCCGGCCAAAGUCUCCCCGCCACCGCACCAGGCCUCGCGAACAUCGAGAGAAUCCCCCAAAAGUCAACGGCUAUCACGAGGACAAAAUCUACACGAAUGGCGCAGUGAAUGGCCACUCAGAAGACGACAGUGACCAGUCGGAUACCUCUGACGGAUUAGAAUUACUGGCAGGAACAAGCACGCCGCCGACUCUACAGAAGGUCACCUUUCGCGUCCAGCUUCCCAAGCCAUCGAUUGCGACACCCGCCAACAUCCCCCCAACGAGAAAAUAUGCUUCAUUUAAGGAAUUUUUAGAACUAGACGACUUGGAACCCAGGGCCGGCGAGGAUACGUUGACGCCAGACCAGAUCAAGGAGGAGGCAAUCGCUCGACGAAGGGUACGGGAGGCGCAAAGGCGAGGCGGAGUUCUGGACCAGAGGCUUCUCAAUGCCUUGCCCGACAAACAAAGUGAACCCAAGAAGCAGUUCGCCCAUCUCGACCAUCUUCUUGCGCAUAUAUCCCACUUCAGGACCCUCCUCCGAGCAGAAAGUAGAGACCAUAAGAAAAAGGCCGAAUUACUCGCACAUGAGGCGAAAAAAUACGUCGAAGAGAAACGAAAGCGCAAUAAAGUCAAGACUGCAGAAGAAAUUGAGCAGGAGAAGCGAGAUGCUACCAUUGCUUCAUAUCGAUUGGUAGUCAAGGACCUUGACAAGUUGUGGGCGGCGGUCAAAGCCGAGGUUGAUGCGAUACGACAGAAGGAAUAUGAAGAUCAGCAGCAAGCCAAGAUGAAGGGCCACCUUGCCCGCGUCUUAGAUCGAACCGACCAGAUGCUCAGCCGAGCUGUGGAGCAGGACGAGUUGCCCACGGACAGUGAAACGGACUUGUCUUCCAGUGAUUCUGCUGGACCCGAUUCCGAAGAUAGCGAACAGAUGUCAGAGAGCGAAAGCUCCUCCGACUCUGGGGCGGAUGCCGAUGAUCUCGAUGCACAAAUGUCUGUCGAAGAGUUGAAGCGGAAGUAUGGGAACUUGCCAGACAUACCGACCGUGGAGAGUGAAGGCCCUGAGAUCCACGCUGCAGAAGACGAAGGGGAUCAUACUACCCAGUCGGAAGAGGACUCGGACCCAGAGACUGAGAUGGACAGUGAGUUUGAUACGGACGGAUCUGACGAAACUGAAGUCGACGACGAAGGCGGAGAAAGCGAAGAUGACGAUCCGCAAAGUGGACUCCUGUCAUUGUUCUCGAAGAAGGAAAUUGCAGACAUGGCUCCGACCAUUGACGAAGACGAUACUUCUGAACAUGAAGACCCUGACAUCCAGAAGCCGCUGGUGGAAGUUCUCGAGGACCAUCCCAUGCAGGAGAUCAGACCUCCCCAAGACACCAGUCCGUCGAGUCUAGAUGCUCUUCAGCAAACUCAAGCAGGAUCACCGCCGAACCUUGAGGAUACGGUGAUGGCCGAUGCGUCAGCGGCUAUCAACCGUCAAACAAGUCGCCCAGUGUCGGAAGACCCAGGUAGUAUGGAACUCAGCGUACAGACUUCACCCCAUACAACGGCAACGAAAGUCUCUGAACCCGAAUCAGUCUCUUCAAUAGACGCACAUGCCGACUCUGUCCCGCCCACAUCACCUCCCGAGGUCAAACAGUCGACCAUCAAAACGCCCGUGCCGCGUCUCCUUCGGGGCACUCUUCGAGAGUAUCAACAUGAAGGCCUUGACUGGCUUGCGGAUCUUUAUGCUCAUGGAAGGAACGGCAUCCUUGCAGACGAAAUGGGGCUGGGAAAAACCAUUCAAAGCAUUGCCCUCCUGGCACAUCUGGCCGAAGUUUAUGAGGUGUGGGGGCCGCAUCUCAUUGUGGUACCAACAAGCGUGAUGUUGAACUGGGAGAUGGAAUUCAAAAAGUUCUUGCCUGGCUUCAAGAUCCUGACCUACUAUGGCAGCCUGGAAGAGAGAAAACAGAAGAGGCGGGGGUGGAUGGCUGAUGACAGUUUCAAUGUCUGCAUCACUUCGUACCAACUCGUUUUGCAAGAUGCCAACUCCUUCAAGAGGCGAAGGUGGCAUUGUAUGAUCCUCGAUGAAGCUCACAACAUCAAGAAUUUCCGAUCGGAAAGGUGGCAAACUAUGAUGACCUUCAACACCCGAGCUCGACUUCUUUUGACUGGGACGCCUCUUCAGAACAAUCUGACGGAACUCUGGUCAUUGUUAUUCUUCCUCCACUACGGUCAGGAGAACCAGGGCGAGGAUGAUGCGUUCGCCGGCCUGAAAGAAUGGUCCGAAUGGUUCAAACGACCUGUAGAGUCCAUUCUCGAACACGGCCGCCAGGUGCUCGAUGCAGAAGACAAGGAGCAGGUUGCGAAGUUGCACAAAGUCAUCCGGCCUUUCCUUCUCCGCCGGCUCAAGGCCGAUGUCGAGAAGCAGAUGCCACUCAAAUACGAACACGUCGAGUUGUGCCGAUUGUCCAAGCGUCAACGACAACUGUACGACGGCUUCAUGGCGCGAGCAUCGACGAGAGAAACGCUUUCGUCCGGCAAUUACCUCUCCAUCAUCAACGCUUUAAUGCAACUUCGAAAGGUGUGCAAUCACCCCGAUCUCUUCGAGACUCGCCCCAUCAAUACCUCGUACGCGAUGCCGAAAUCUGUUGUGGCGGAUUUUGAGAUCAAAGAUCUGCUGGUACGUCGAAGGUUGAUGCGCGAUGCUGCGAACAAGCUAGACCUGGAUUUCCUCCAACUUGCCCCUAUUUCAAAAGAGCGGAUGUCAAUGAUCGAAGUCAUCGAGACUGCUAAACGACACGCCUAUCACCAACUCAAAGCUUUGCGAGAGUCGCAGCAUCGCAGGGUCUCGCGGGAUUCUGUGUGGCAUGGCGAGAAUCGCGCAGGAGUGCUGGGGUCGCUUGAGAAUGUCGGAAGAAAGUCUCGAAUCCAAGAACUGGAUCGUACCAUGUACUUUGAGGCCUAUCGCCACCAUCAGCAUCCGAUCUACGGCCGAGGCUUGCUUCAACAACUCACCAUCGAUACAAACUGCGCUCGGUUGUCAAGAGCGGCUCCGCACAAAGCCACGUCCAUGGGGAGGAGCCAGGAGUCGCCAGCACCGUCUCGGAGUCUCAUCCAUUCGAUCCAAUCGAGGUCCGAACAGAUGGAACCCUUCGUCCAGCAAUUUGGUUGCAUCACACCCGCCGUUGUCGCCACGGACCUCAGCACCGUCACGGUGACGGAAGCCGGAGCAGUCGCGAUCAGGGAAGCACAAGCGGGCUGGAAUCCAGACCCAUUCCACCAGGCUCGAAUGAAGCUGUCGAUUGCUUUUCCCGACAAGCGCCUCCUGCAGUAUGAUUGCGGCAAGUUGCAGAGACUGGACAAGUUGUUGCGCCAGUUGCAAGCCGGUGGGCAUCGAGCGCUCAUCUUUACUCAGAUGACCAAGGUUUUGGAUAUCUUGGAGCAGUUCUUGAAUAUUCAUGGCCAUCGAUAUCUGCGGUUGGACGGCGCGACCAAGAUCGAACAGCGACAGAUCCUGACGGAUCGGUUCAACAACGAUACGCGCAUCCUGGCGUUCAUCCUUUCGUCCAGGUCCGGCGGUCUGGGCAUCAAUUUGACCGGUGCUGACACGGUAAUUUUCUACGAUUUGGACUGGAACCCUGCCAUGGACAAGCAAUGUACCGACCGUGCUCAUCGGAUUGGCCAGACGCGGGACGUGCAUAUUUAUCGGUUCGUGUCUGAACAUACCAUCGAGUCCAACAUCCUCCGCAAGGCCAGCCAGAAACAACUCCUCGACGACGUGGUGAUCCAAGAGGGAGACUUCACGACCGACUAUAUGAACAAGCUCACGUACCGGGAUAUGCUCGACGACCACACCGAGGAAGAAGAUGCUGCCGGACUCGCAAUGGACCGAGUUCUAGGGAAUGACAAUAGUAAGUUGGCCGUGCUGGAGCAGGCUGAGGAUCAAGAAGACCGUGCUGCUGCAAAGGUCGCUGCGCGUGAAGUGCAACAUGCGGAUGACGGAGACUUCGAGGACAGGACAGCCAACGCCACGCCCCGGACCAAUGAAGCCCAAACCCCCGGACCGUUUGGCGCGACGGAGACGGCGUUGGCUGAAGCACAGGUUGAAGGCUCCGGCUCCGGCUCCGGCUCCUCCGGCCAUAUGGAUGAUUAUAUGAUACGCCUGCAGUCCUUCUUGAUGCGGGACAUACCACUGGGGCCUGGGAAGACGAAACGAAACAGAGGUAAACGACGGCGAGACGAGCAUCGAGUCAGGAGAGCGCGAUGA